AUGCAUGAAUGUUUGCGAAUGUUGGCUGCCACUGCCCCUCCCACACUAUGUCUCUAUGGAACACCCCCGCCCAACACGCCCCCAUCUCCACCUGGACACAACUUGCUCAAAGGCUGUCUCCUGCGGCAGACCAGCGAUGUGUUCCUCUCCUUCCCGAGGCAUCCCGAGGGAGUCAUGUUCUUUAAUGGUACAAAGAAGGGCACAUUAUAUCUCACUUCAUUCAGGGUGAUCUUCGUGACUUCACACUCCAUCAAUGACCCCUUGCACUCCUUCAUGAUGCCGUUCCAUCUGAUAGAAAACUGCACCGUGGAACAGCCAGUCUUUUCCCCCAACUACAUCCAGGGAGAUAUUCACGCUGCUCCAGAUGGUGGCUGGGAAGGCCAAGCUACAUUUAAGUUAUCCUUCAAAAAAGGAGGUGCCAUCGAAUUUGCCCAGUGGCUGAUGAAAGCUUCCUCUGCUGCUUCCAGAGGCGCCCCACUGAGAACUGUCAAUUACUGGGUUGGCCUUCCAGGAAUUUAUGUGAUCACCGAGCAGGGGAAUGUAGCAUGCUCCCAGGCCCCGGCUUCUGCAGGAUAUGGACCCGGACCCUCAGGCUCUGGGCCCCCACCUCCACCCUAUGGGCCCCCACUCCCACCCUCACAAUAUGGACCCCCACCCCUACCCCAACAUGGGCCUCUGCCCCCACAACAUGGGCCUCCACCUCCACAAUAUGGGCCCCCACUCCUACAUAUGGGCCCCCACUCCCACAAGAUGAGCCCCCACCAGAGCUCGGCCUUCCGGAAGAGGCACUGUGGGAAGAGAGAGGCCGCCGCAGUGAAGGCCUGUGAGAUCCAAGGCUGCUAG